CGGCCACCCAUAUCUCUUCUCCUCAUCCUGUGCAUACUCAUCACCUCGUUCCACCCCUCCUCCUCAUGGAACAAGGCACCAAAACGAAGCGCACUGUGUUCAUAGGCAACCUCGGUUCGGAGAUAGACCAGAACGCCCUCGUCGCUGCGUUCUCUACUUUUGGGGAUAUAGUGGACGCGACGAUCCCGAGUGAUCUGGCGAGGGACAACGUUAACCAGACCUACCGUGGUAUCGCCUUCCUGACCUAUACUUCCCCCGCCGACGCCCAAGACGCGAUCGACAACAUGGACCUGAACAUCUUCCGCGAGCGGAUCCUCCGUGUCAGUCUAGCGAGGCCGAUCAAGGGUCCCGCAGGGCUGGGAGGAGGACUGGGAAAUAGGGCGAUUUGGGAGAGUGAGGAGUGGUUGAAGGACCAUUCGGAGGGAGGGCCUGGGGUGGGGAAGGCGGAUGCGAACGCGAACGCAAAUGCUGAGACGGGGGAAGAACAGGAGGAGCAGGAAGAGCAGUAAUGUUCUGCACUGUGUAUGGAUGGGAUUUUACCACAAAAUCGCAAUGUUACGUGGGGAUGAGAUGCAAGUGCUGCGCCUUCCCCUAGUCUAGGCUAUAAAUAGUACCUAUCC